AUGGCCAACUACUACGCCCAGCACCCUCCACAGGGCGGCUACGCACCGCAAGGCGCCCAAAACCUCCAAUUCUACCCAUCAUCCUACGGCGCACCAGGCGCAUCCCCAGCACCACCAGGCGGCCCACAGUCCGGCGGCUAUGGGUUCGUUCAGUCGACAACGCCCUCUGGCUUCUCCAAUCCAGCUUUCGGGGCUGGACCCGGUGUGAGCGGACGGAUGGGCGAGCAGGGUGGCCUACGGACAGGAUGGCUCGCCGCAUUCUCGACGGAGGGGUAUGACCAAGAGCCACCGUUGCUGGAGGAGCUCGGCGUCAACUUUGGACACAUCCAGGCAAAGACCCUCGCCGUGCUGAACCCGUUCCGCCCGAUCAACCAGCACAUCAUGGACGAUUCCGACCUCGCCGGUCCCAUCCUCUUCUUUCUCCUCUUCGGCACCUUUCUGCUGUUCUCGGGCCAGGUCCAUUUCGGCUACAUCUACGGCCUCGCCGUCCUCGGCUCGUGCACCCUCCACAUCAUCCUCUCGCUCAUGUCGCCGACCGACGCCCAAGCCGCACAAGAACAGCCGGGUCCGUACCAGAACCACUACGCCGACCAGCAGCAGGGCGGCGGCGUCAGCGGCGGCCACUUCUCGGCGACACUGACGUUUCCUCGGUCGGCGAGCGUGCUGGGGUACUGCCUGCUGCCGUUGGUCGCCACCAGUCUGAUCGGCAUCGUCGUGCCCAUGAACACGCCGUUUGGCCACGUCCUCACGUCGGCCGCCAUCUUGUGGUGCACAUAUAGCGCGAGCGGAAUGUUCUGCGCCGUCGGCAGGAUGAGAGGCAUGCGGGCCCUGGUAGCGUAUCCCCUGGCCUUGUUCUACGUGGGGUUUGGUUUGAUGGGCAUCUUUAGCAGCCGAGCGGUGGCUAUCUGGAACCCCUUUGGCAGCGGGAGCGCAGACUCGAGUCAGGCCGACAUGGUACACUAG